UUUACAAAAUGAUGAGAGGUUUUUACUUCUAUCAGUUUCUCCUUUUUCUUUUUCCCAGCUCACUCGAUCAUUUCAGUCAGUUAUGUAGUGCUAAUCCUGAUCCUACCAAUGGCUUUCUAUCCAUCCCAUUGUCUGAAUACAACUUCGAAUUACAGAAACCCUAUGACAUACCACUUGAGCAACGGUACAAGUUUGACGAUGGAGUAAGGCAUUUGUGGGUCUAUGCUGAUGACAAGCCACACGACCCAAACAGUCAAACUCAGCCUCGAACUGAAGUUCGCAUUCGGGGACUCGACUAUUCAUCUGGAGUUUGGCAAUUUGAAGGGUAUGGCUUCGUGCCAAAUGGAACCUCCGGUGCAACUAUAGCACAGAUCCAUGGAGCAGCUCAUGGCGCCACCACUAUAAUACUGAGAAUCUAUAACGGCGAGAUGAGGUAUUACAGUCGAGAAGUGGUGGCCACGGAUCUUUAUGACAAGUGGUUCAGACUUAACAUUGUUCAUGAUGUGGAUGGAGGGACUGUGACCGUUUAUAUUGAUGGCCUCCAGAAGUUUCAAGUGAAGGAUCAAGGGCCAGGAGACUUGUACUUCAAAUGUGGAGUUUAUGCUGCUCCAGCUAAUAUAAGCUACUACAUGGAAUCACGUUGGAAAGACAUCAAAAUAUAUAAAAAGUGCUGACCGACGAGAUGAUGAAUCAUAAAUUUUGAUAAUUAAGAUACAAGGUGUAAUGUUGAAUAAGCUAAGCUUAUAUUUUCUGUGAUCAUGUUACGUAUUAUUAGUGCGGCCAGUAUAAUAAGUUCGUUCCUAUAAAAAUAUAUGAUGAGAGUGCCGACAGGUCUGAUCGAAAAUAGA